AUGGCGGCGCUGUCCGCGCUGACAAGCAAGGCGCUCGGCAGUCUACUGCUUUUUUCAUCCGGAUGUCAUCAGUCAGCCGAGUCGGAAGCGCCACCAAAGUCAACCGCCCCGGAGGCGGCGCCAGAGUUCGCAAACUUCCCCAACCUGCCCCCCGAGAUUCGACACACAAUCUGGCAGCUGGCCCAGCCCCAACGCAUCUUACAAAUUACCAUUGACGAAAACAACGAUGAGGCGGUGCUUGAGAGGCCUUGCCUUGUGCCCGCCACCGUGCCCAAGGUCUGCUACGAGGCUCGGCAAGAGACCUAUCGGACAUUCAGCGUGAUACCCAGAGGAAUCGAGCUGUGCUUCCCGCCCGAAGUGUCCUCAGAAUUAUGCAUCUCAGCAGACCUUAAAGACUGCAUAAGGCUACCACGGAAGCUGCAAGAUAGGGUCGCAUGGUUUGAACCGCAAAGAGAUAUCAUCUUCUGGAACGGAAUGUGCUGUUCCGAGACAUUAUGGGAGCAUAUCGACACAGCGGAUUGGGAAGGGUCAAGCCAAGUCGUGGAAGGGGCCGACAAGGGGGCGCUGGAAAAGACCACCAAGUCUAGCGAAGUCCCGACACGGAGCCUGGAGGGCUUUGACAAGCGUUCAGUCAAACACGUGAUGGUUCGCGCAGAUCGAUUUUCUCACGGUUUCUGGGACCUCGUUGAGAUUCUGAAGCUCUUCCCCAAUAUAGAGCUCAUCAGCGUCCUUGUGGGUGGGAUAUCCAUAUAUGAGACAAAAACACAAGAGAUUCAAAGGCCAUUGUGCGCUCUACUGGACCUCAAGAACAAGGCGCAGAAACGGAGGGUCAGCAGGUUUAUGAAUAGGUUUCCCGAAAGUGAUCGACUCACUUGGAAACGCCUCCAGCGACACUCCCGCAUCAUACAUGGCGUCGCUGAUCCCCGUGGCGACUCAACAUCUUGGGCCGAUUGGGAUCUUCUCAGUGUGCAGUAUCACGAACACUGUCGCAGUGUUGAAGAAUGGAAAGGAGACAUCGAGUCAUUCAAGAACGAGUUUCUAGCUUACGUCUGGCAAAGGCGCCAAAAGUCGCCAAAGAAGAACUUUGCUGCCUGGAAGCAGGACGUCUUGGAUAGCCUGCCUCAUUUCCGACAGGUUCUCUUCGUACGAGCUUAUGGUGACGCGAGUCGAUCGCUUGGUCUGGAGGAAGUCACUAUCUAA